UCACAGCCGGCAAAAUAUUGCAUAUUUCAACUUUGUUUAUUGCGCGUUUAUUGUUUAUUGUUUACUAGGCGCACUAUGCAGGAGUUCAUUAGCGUGCAGCUGCCGGAUGUAAAGCGUGAGUUGCGUCGCGGCAUUAUUGAGUGUUCCAAACGUGGACUCUUACAUAGCACCAAAUGGUUGGCGGAGCUGCAUCAUGGCCUAAGCGAUGUAGAGAUAGACAAUGCACCGCCAGAUGAUGAUCAUUCCUUCAGCGAGUGUCAACUGGAGGGCAUAGCGCCGUCGGAGUACAGUGAUUACUUUCUGGCCAAGAGCUAUUAUGAUGUGCGGGAAUACGACAGAGCAGCGCAUGCGGUAAGGAAUUGUGAAUCCAGCGUGCCGCGUUUUUUGCAUCUCUACUCUACGUAUAUGGCCAAGGAGAAGCGACGUCUUGACUCUACAACAGAUCAAGCGAAUCUCAAUGAGCCAAAUCAAAUGCGAGAUUUGGCGGACUUAUUGGCAACACUGCGUGCUGCCUACGGACGCAGUCGGCUUGAUGGCUAUGGCAUUUAUUUAUACGGCGUUGUACUCAAAGCGUUGAAUCUCAAUCAGGCUGCAGAACAGAUGCUAGUGAAUGCCAUACGCUUGGUGCCCAUGCUAUGGAGCGCGUAUCUUGAGUUGUCACCGCUGAUUAUGGAGAAGAAGAAGCUGCUGAGCUUGCAGCUGGGAACGCACUGGAUGCGACACUUUUUCAUGGCGCAUACUUACCUAGAGCUGUAUUUAAAUGAUGAUGGCUUAAAGAUUUAUGAGGAUUUGCAAACGGCGGGCUUUAGCAAGAGUAUAUAUCUGACUGCGCAAAUGGCGCUGGUCUAUCACAAUAAAAGAGAUGUGGAUAAGGCAAUAGAGCUGUUUCAGGCGCUGCUGGAAAACGAUCCUUGUAGGCUAGACAAUGUGGACACCUACUCCAAUUUGCUGUUUGUCAAGGAAAUGAAAACAGAGAUGGCCCAGCUGGCGCACAAAGCGGUCAGCAUUAAUAAAUAUAGACCAGAAACUUGUUGUGUUAUAGGAAACUAUUACAGCAUACGCUGUGAUCAUCAAGUGGCCAUUAGCUACUUUCAGCGUGCACUCAAGCUGAAUCCCAAGUACCUGGCCGCUUGGACCUUGAUGGGUCAUGAGUUUAUGGAGCUCAAGAAUACAAAUGCUGCCAUACAAAGUUAUCGCAAAGCAGUGGAAGUUAAUAAGCGCGACUAUCGCGCCUGGUAUGGUCUGGGACAGGCCUACGAGAUUAUCAAAAUGCAUUAUUAUAGUUUAUAUUAUUUUAAAAUUGCACAUCAGCUGCGGCCGUAUGACUCGCGCAUGUUGGUGGCGCUGGGCGAAACCUACGAGAAGCUGGACAAGUGUGAAAACGCUGUCAAGUGCUAUUUCAAAGCCUGCGAUGUGGGUGACAUUGAAGGCAUAGCCAUGUACAAGCUGGCCAAUCUGCACGAGAAGCUGGGCGAUCAGGAGACGGCGGUGCAUUGCUAUCUUAUGUAUUGCGCAGAUGAGCGUGCAGCAACGGAUAAACAGAGCUUAUAUCAAGGAUUUAUGACGCUGGCGAAUUACUAUGAAAAGAAAGGCGACUAUGAGCAGUCAGCGUAUUAUGCCUACAAGUGUUUGGACUCCGAUGAGCGCCGCACGGAAGCAAAGGCUUUGCUCAAAACCAUUGACUGGAAACGCAAUGCAGAGUGGCAAAAGAAAUCGAAAACUAACGCUACUACAGUGGCCAAUGCAGACACCAGCAGCGAGGAUGAUAUGGAAUGUGAUCAGCUGGAUGUGCGCGUGCGUGUGCCCUUUAGCAGCAUUAGCGAUGCAGCCAAGGGUAACUCCGCGCCUGUGGCCAGCAGCACAGCUUCUACCACAACGCUGGCGGCAAAUGUGGAGGAAACAACCGCCACAAGCAGUUGCAGCACCAGCAGCAGCACCACGACGACGACCACCACCACUACGCCCAAUACAGCUGAUGAAGAGACAGCUGCGCCAGCUGCUGCUGCUGCUGCUGCUGCUGCUGGAGCUGUUGCAGUUGCUACACCUGCAGCGGCAGAGGCAGCUGCAGAGUCAACAGCAACUGCGAACAAUGAUGGCAGUUCCAUGGAUAUAUCUAGCGUAUCUAUUGAUUAGUAAAAGUUUGUUCAAGUAUUGUGAUUGAAGCUUAUCAGCGUAAC